AGGACUCCACCAGCGUGAAACUUGUUCGACACGACGGCUCGUCGUCAGUCGCGGCUGAGGGAUCAUGGCAGCCAAGCAAAAAAAGGGCCCCAUUGACGCUUUAUUCGGAUCAUCGCCGCGCCUCCAUGGAAAGCGGCAAUACCUAACCGAGCCCGCAUCUCUUGACUGACUCCGCGCCUGCUGUGUAACCUGUUUCCCCGCGAUUUGAAGCCCGGUCUUCUCGCCGGAUCACCAGCUCGACAUCGGCUCCCGGAUCAUCUCGAAAUUCUUGUCCGAGCAGCAACACAGUGCACAACCAUGGCCGUCACCGUCGUCCCCUCUUGGAUCAAUGGUACGGAGGAAACUCACGCCGAGAGCUUCCCCGUUGUCGACCCCUCUACAGGCAAGGCCUGCUGGGAGGCCGCGUCCGCAUUCCCCGCAGACGCACUGCGCGCCGUCGAGGCCGCUUCGUGCGCCCUGCCAGCAUGGAAGGCGACCAAGCCCAUGCUCCGUCAGAGCAUCCUGCUCAAAGCCGCGGCCCUCAUGGAGGAGCGCGCCGACGAGCUCUGCGGAUACAUGUCAACGGAAAUGGGCGCCGACGCCUUCGUCGCGCGCCACAUCGUCCUGCAGUUGGCCAUCAACAUGUUCCGCGACUGCGCUGGGCGUGCGCCCGGCAUUUGCGGCAGUGUGCCUACGGUUCAGGCGGACGGGCAGAGCGCGAUGGUGUGGAAGGAGCCUUACGGAGUGAUUCUCGGCAUUGUCCCCUGGAAUGCGCCGUAUGUCUUUGGUGUUCGCGCAGCAGCAACGGCGAUCGCAACAGGUAACACGACGGUUCUGAAGUCGUCGGAGCAGACUCCGCGGUCCUACUGGGCCCUGGGCAAGAUCUUCCAUGACGCGGGCACACCUCCCGGUGUUGUCAAUGUACUUUCGUGCCAACCGGCUGCGGCUGCGGAGUUGGCUCGCGUCAUGGUCGAGCACCCGGCAGUGCGAAAGGUCAACUUCACCGGCAGCGCAUCUGUCGGCAGGAAGGUGGCUUGCCUCUGCAGCCAAAACUUGAAGCCAGUCCUGCUUGAACUCGGAGGCAAAAACAGCGCCAUCAUAUUGCCCGAUGCCGACCUGCAAAAGGCUGCCCAGGCUUGUAUCAUGGGUGGCUUCGCCAACUCCGGGCAAAUUUGCAUGUCUACGGAUCGUUUGCUUGUGCAUGCCGAUAUCGAAACGGAGUUUUUGAAGGCUUUGAAGGACAGCCUGGAAGAUUUACAGGCGCAGAGCAAGUCUCUCCCCCUCGUGGUCUCAUCCACUUCGGCCUCCCGCCUGGCUUCUGUGCUGGCCGAUGCCCAGCAGAAGGGGGCACAGAUAUUGUCUGGUGGCCCGCCACCGACCGGCGACGCCGCGCAUUUUAUUCCAACUGUGAUUGGCAAGCUGUCCAGGGACAUGGAAGCGUACAAGGAGGAGAAUUUUGGGCCGCUGAUGGGAUGGGUGGCCGUCAAAGAUGAAGACGAGGCGAUUCAGAUUGCGAACAACGCCGGCUACGGACUGUCAGCGUCCAUCUUCACCCGCGACCUUCGCAAAGGCUUCGCCUUGGCCCGAAAACUCGAGACUGGUGCGGUGCACAUCAACAGUAUGACGGUGCACGAUGAAACGGCCCUACCUUUCGGGGGGAUUAAUCGCAGCGGUUGGGGCCGAUUCAAUGCGGCAGAGGGUAUGGAGGAGUUUUUGGUGACCAAGUCUGUAACGUGGGAUGACUAGCUAGACGAUGACGUAUUCGCAAGAAGAACAAGAAAGACC